UAGGUUUUCGCCUGAAGCUGGGUCCCUUUGAUUUUCUCAAACUCAUUAUUGAAACUUAACGAAGCAGCAACCUCUUCCGCUAUUUAAAAAUCCCCUUCCUCGAUUCUCGUGAAAUAUCUCUAAAAAGUCAUGGAGCCUACAAGCGUAACCGAUGAUUCUGAGUUCUGGCUUCCGCCGGAGUUUCUCACUGACGAUGAUUUUCUCGUGGAGAAGGAGAAUAACGGUGGUGGAACCGGUGACUCUAACAAGUGCUUAUUCCCGUAUGAGAAACGUCAUGGAUUUGAGUCGUUUGGGUUGGGCUCGGGUUUUGGUUCGACCGGUAAGCCUCUCGGUGACGAGGAGAACUUCUUACCCGGUUUGACCAGGCAGAUGGUUCAGUCAUCUCUGGAAGAUGAUUUCUCCGGUGGAUUUUGCGGUAACCAUGCUUUUCCGGCCGUGAACGACAUCAAGGCGUUAGGUACGACUCGUUCGCGUCUAUGUGGUGCCGGAAUCGGCUGUGUAUGCCGGAAUCAACGGUUGAACCAGAAUCGCCAGUGGCGAGUGUCUUCUCCGGCGUCGUCAUGGGAUCUGUACUGCGCGGCGACGGAGGAAAUGGCGAGGAUGAAUAUCAACGACGAACCGUACGGUUACAACAACCAUAGUGGCAGAGGACUUCCCAGUAGACAUCCACUCGCCGCCGCCAAAAACUCCAACAACGGCUCUGGCUACCAAAUCCACCAAUCUCUCCGAUACCAGAAGCUUCAAGCCAUCCAAUUUCAGCAACUAAAACAGCAACAGUUGAUGAGAAAUCAUCGUCAAAUGGUGCAGCAGAGCAGAGGAUUAAGAGUUGAUAACAACAAAAGUGUUGCUCCUGUGGAAUUGUCAUCAUCUGCAUGGUCUAAUCAGCCACCGAGGCGUGAUGGUUCGGGUAUGAGGGCCGUUUUUCUCGGAAAAAGUGGAUCAACCGGCACCGGCGUUUUCUUACCCCGACGCGUUAACCGUUCUUCUCCAGUCACCGCCAAGACUCACGAGAAGCCUACUCUGGCGACGGUUUUGGUUCCGGCGAGAGUGGCGCAGGUGCUGAACCUAGACGAAUAUGUGGUCCAGCCAGUUGUUCGGUCUUCCCCGAAUCUCAACGGAGAUGCGUCGUGGAGACAGAGGAGCAACAAUGGGAUAUUCUCGAGCCAAAUGAAGAUGGAGCAGACAGUGAACGAGCCUCGGUUGCCUUCGGAGUGGGCUUAUUGACCCAUUUAGUUUCCGUAGCUUUUGGGUGUUUUUUAGGAAGAUGUUUGAAGAAAGAAGGGAAAAGCAGGAAGAUAACAGGUAGUGAAAUAGUGGUAAAAGUAGGGUUGAUAUAGAUAGUGGGAGAUUUGAAGGGUGAAGAAAAUAAAGAAGGAGAAAGAUGAAGAUGUGGAGAAGACGAGGUUUUGGAUCGUUUAACCACCACCAUUGAUGGCCGAUAGAGGAAGAAAAGAGGAUUGUUUCUUGGCUUUUUUUUGUUUGUUUUUUAUUCUUUUUCUGGGAAAUGAAAAUAUCAGUCUGUCACCGGGCUGUUGCUUUAGGAUACCCUUCCUCUCUGUUUUGUUCUCACAACUCUUAAGCAAUGGAUUAGCUUAAAUAAAAUAUUGUUAAAUA